GUCGGUGUGUUUCUGGUCCGGUUCGGUUCGUGUCGCUGUGAUCCGGAUGUCCGCACUGCUCCUCCGGAGGCUCCGGCCGCUCAGGGGGCCCUCGGGCCUCCUGUUCGGCGCCCCAGAGCGCUCCUUCAGCGGCGCACCUCCGCCGCUGCCCGCCGCCUGUGUCCGGAGCACCUUCGUGGACUUCUUUCGCGACAAACACGGACACCUACUGGUCCCGUCCUCCCCGGUCCGGCCCAGAGGAGACCCGAGCCUGCUAUUCGUCAACGCCGGCAUGAAUCAGUUCAAGCCAAUAUUUUUGGGUACUGUGGAUCCUCGCAGCGAGAUGGCCUCAUACCGCCGUGUGGUCAACAGUCAGAAAUGCGUCCGAGCUGGCGGAAAACAUAACGACCUGGAAGACGUGGGCCGAGACGGCUACCACCACACCUUCUUCGAGAUGCUGGGAAACUGGUCGUUUGGAGACUACUUCAAGGAGCAGGCAUGCCGGAUGGCGUGGACCCUCCUUACAGAGCAUUAUGGGAUACCUGCUGACAGGCUGUACGUGUCUUAUUUUGGCGGAGAUGCAGCAGCGGGGUUACCAGCCGAUGAGGAGACGCGGCACAUCUGGCUGGAGAUCGGGGUCCCCGCUUGCCGCCUGCUGCCAUUUGGACUCAAGGACAACUUUUGGGAGAUGGGGGACACGGGGCCCUGCGGCCCCUGCACCGAGAUCCACUACGACCACGUGGGUGGGCGGGACGCCGCGGCACUCGUCAACUCUGACAGCCCAGAGGUGGUGGAGAUCUGGAACUUGGUCUUCAUGCAGUACAACAGGGAGGCGGAUCAGAGUCUGCGGCUGCUGCCUCAGGUCAGCGUGGAUACUGGGAUGGGACUCGAGAGACUGGUGAGCGUCCUGCAGGGCAAAACCUCAAACUAUGACACGGACCUAUUCACACCGCUGCUGCACGCCAUCCACCAGAGGUCAGGGGUGGAGCCGUAUGGCGGCAGGAUGGGGGCGGUGCACGGGGGUCAGGUGGACCUGGCCUACAGAGUUGUGGCUGACCACGUCCGGACGUUAUCAGUAUGCAUCGCUGACGGUGUUCAUCCGGGCAUGUCAGGAGCUGAGUUGGUGCUGAGGAGGAUUCUACGGCGGGCAGUUCGGUUCUGUGUCGAGGUUCUUCGGGCUCCUCAGGGAGCGCUCGCCAGCCUGGUUCCCACCGUCGCCAACCUGCUGGGUGAUGUGUAUCCAGAGCUGCACAGGGAGGCAGAUCGGAUCAUGGACGUCAUCAACGAGAAUGAGGCUCACUUCCUGUCGUCUCUGCAGCAAGGCAGCAGGCUGAUCGAGCGCACGCUCAGUAGGAAGGACUACAAACACGGAGACUUCCCUGCCUCGGUGGCCUGGUCUCUGCACCGGGACCUGGGUUUCCCUCUGGACCUGGUGGACCUGAUCCUGGAAGAGAGGGGGGUCCAAGUAGACCGCCAGGAACUGGACCACCUGAUUGCUGAGAACCAGAAGGUGGUGUUGGAGAUGCAGUCAGGUCAUCAGUCUCAGGUGACGCUGGACGUCCUCAGUCUGACUGAGCUGCAACAUCUGGGGGUUCCUCACACUGAUGACACCCUCAAAUAUGAAUACCACCUGGAACAGGGCCGAUACGUGUUCCCAGCAUGCCGUGCAGCAGUCCUCGCGCUGUAUGAUGGGCGGUCUCUGGUGUCUGAGGUCUCUGAGGGUCAGCGCUGUGGAGUCAUCCUGGACUGCACCUGCUUCUACUCUGAGCAGGGGGGGCAGUCACACGACCAGGGCUACUUCACCCGGGAUGGGCUGCAGGACGUGCUGUUUCCUGUGGAGGCAGUGGUCCGGGCAGGGGGUUACGUGGUCCAUCAGGUAACUGCAGCCGACAGUCUGAAGACCGGAGACCGGCUCCAGCUGCACCUGGACCAGGCGCACAGGCUGUCCUGCAUGGUCAAGCACACUGCCACUCACAUCCUGAACUUCGCCCUGAGGAAGGUCCUGGGUCCUUCAGUGCAGCAGAGAGGCUCUCAUGUGUCAGCUGACCGCCUUCGGUUCGACUUCAGCGUGAAGGGCUCUCUGAGCAUCUCUCAGCUGCAGCAGGUGGAAAGGUGUGUCAACGACAUUGUCUCAGCCAAUCAGAUCGUCCAUAGCCAGGAGCUUCCCCUCCAGAGAGCUCGCAGUAUCGACGGGCUGAGGACGGUGGAUGAGGUGUAUCCUGACCCUGUUCGUGUGGUGUCAGUGGAGGUGCCAGUCUCUGAGCUGCUGGACGAUCGGACGGACAGAGAGACGUCUGUAGAGCUCUGCUGUGGAACGCACUUGCUGCAGACCGGCACCAUCGAGGACCUGGUGAUCGUCUCUGAGAGGCAGCUGGUGAAGGGAAUCAGUCGGAUCGUUGCCGUGACGGGACAGGAAGCAGCACGGGCUCGGGAGGCGGGGCACGUUUUAUCUCAAGACGUCGACUCUCUGUCUGCCAGACUGUCAGGCUCCGCCCCCUCCUGCCUCGACGUCGCCCAGCGCCUUUCCAAGGAGGUCGGCCUCCUCUCAGAUGCUGUAGAUAACACCCUCAUCCCUCAGUGGCAGCGCAGAGAACUGCAGAGUCGACUCCGAGCUCUGCAGAGGAGCAGCAACACCACUGUCAGGAAACUGGAGACCAAAGAGGCGGCAGUGCGAGCUCAGGCUCUGCUGGAGAAGAACGGCAGGAAGGAGCUGCUGGUGGACUCGGUGGAGACAGACUCUCUGUCGGUCCUGAUGAAGACGGUGAACCAGCUGAGCUCCGCCGCUCCUCUCAGUCAUGUGAUGCUGCUCGCUCACCAGAGGCAUUCUGGGAAGGUUUUGUGUGCCUGUCAGGUUCCCAAGACUGAGCUCAUCCUGUCUCACCUCAAUCUGCGUUCCUCAUUUCAAGCGUCUCGUCAUCCUGAUGUGUGUGAGCAGCACAGAGACGGGAUUCGCCGGCCUUCAUGGCCUCUGAUUGGGCAGUGGCGGUGUGUCAUCACCUUGAUGGGAGUGCCGGGGGCACCGAGGUUGUUGCCAAGGGAACAGGAAGCAGCAGUGACAUCACUGAGGCUCUGAGGUGGGCCAAGGAGUUCGCCUUUCAGAGAAUGAAAUGAUGUCAUGAAGAGAGAGCCUCCAACUGGAGGCUGGAAGCCCCGCCCACUGCUGCACACACCCUCCUCUUAUUGAACAACAGGCUGAGGUGAACUUUCUGAUGACAUUUAAAAGAAGAAAAACAGGAGACAGCGAGCCGCUCAUUAUUCUCUUUAUUCUGAAAGAUUACAUCAUGAAACAUAUAGCCAAUUAGGGCACAGGGAGCAGAAACCAAACUCCAGUCAUCACACAGCAGGUUCAUAAGCAGCGGCUCCAGGACCAGGAGCAGGACCAGGAGCAGGACCAGGAGCAGGACUCGGAGCAGUGACACGUUGAGCCACUACAGGGGAACCACAGACACACGUGUUAAAUCAUUAAAACCACAAACAUACCUGAAUCUUUGAACAUUUACCCAUAGUCCUCCACUUAUUCUAGGUUUUCUAAAUAAAAGCCUCAAUCAGGUUGGAUUUCCAAAGUAAAAGCCUCUGAUUUCUCCCAGCAGGCUCACAGGUGGACUGACGACAGCUCAGCGCCGUGAAAAAAAACUUUAUUUAAAUUUUUUGAGAAUGGUUACAAUCUGUACAAUGUGCUGUAAAAACUUUGCGGAACCAGGAGCACAAGUUCAUCGAUUCGCCCGAACUUCCUGCUGUGAACGUCUGCUGACCGCAUGGCUUCAUGAGAGCAGAGGAGUUUUAAAAUAAAAGUCUGAUUAUAUAAUUGAUGACCGGGUUUAAUAAACCUGAGAUUUAAAGGGUAGUUUGUAGUUAUGUCGUCAGUAGGAUGAGUCAUCAGAUCAAUGAUUGGCCGAGUCAGUCACAGGUUGUUUUCGGGGUGGUUAAUGUGUGAAUGUUGCCUCUGAAUGCUGCCUCUGCAGGAGGCUCCAGUGUCUCUGCAGAGUGUGAUGAUGGCAGCUUCUGAGUUCUGGAGUGUUUUUCUGAGUUUGAGUGUUAAUAAAAAACUUUAUUCUGUUGAUA